AUGGCACCGCAGCUGGAGCCCUAUUUUAAGAAGGUGGACGAGCUUGCAGACUCCUUCAUUGACCGACUACGAAAAGCCGUGGCUAUCCCCUCCGUCUCAGCAGAUGAAGAAAGAAGAAAGGAUGUCUUCCGGAUGGGUCAAUUCCUGGCCUCUGAACUCGAAUCCUUAGGGGCAGAGGUGCAACAACGACCGCUAGGAAAACAACCAGGCAAAGAACAUCUUGAUCUCCCUCCCGUCGUCAUCGCUCGCUACGGCAAUGACAAGAACAAGCGCACCAUUUUGGUCUACGGACACUAUGAUGUACAACCCGCCCUUGUGGAGGACGGAUGGGCCACAAAACCUUUCGAGUUGACCAUCGACGACAAGGGACGCAUGUACGGUCGUGGCAGCACCGACGACAAAGGCCCUGUGCUGGGCUGGCUGAACGCCAUCGAAGCUCACCAGAAGGCCGGCGUCGACUUCCCUGUCAAUUUACUCUGCUGUUUCGAGGGCAUGGAAGAGUACGGUUCCGAAGGUCUCGACGACUUCAUCAACGCCGAAGCCAAGAAGUUCUUCAAGGACGCCGACGCUGUUUGCAUCUCUGACAACUACUGGCUCGGAACAGAGAAACCGUGCCUUACCUACGGUUUGCGAGGAUGCAAUUAUUACUCCAUCUCCAUUUCCGGACCCGGACAGGACCUUCAUUCAGGGGUCUUUGGCGGCACUGCCCAGGAGCCCAUGACCGACCUGACGCUUCUUCUUAGCAAACUCGUCGAUAACGGCGGGAAGAUCCUUAUCCCUGGCAUCAACGAAAUGGUCGCUCCGCUCACCGAGGAGGAGAAAGCCCUCUAUGGACCUAUCGCAUUUACCAUGGACAACUUGUACGAAUCCCUGGGCUCCCAGACCGCCAUCUUCUCUGAUAAGGAAAACACACUGAUGGCCCGCUGGCGAUACCCUUCACUCUCGAUUCACGGCGUCGAAGGCGCGUUCUCGGCCCCCGGAGCCAAAACGGUCAUCCCAGCAAAGGUCAUUGGCAAAUUCUCCAUCCGCACCGUUCCGAACAUGGAGUCCUCCAAGGUCAAUGAAUGCGUCUACAAGUACAUCCGCGACGAAUUCGCCAAACUCAACUCGAAAAACACCCUCGACGUGUACUGCCAGCACGACGGCAAAUGGUGGGUCGCUUCUCCCCAGCAUUGGAACUUUGCCGCGGCCGCGAAGGCUGUCAAGGAAGUCUUCGGCGUGGAACCCGACAUGACCAGGGAAGGAGGGUCGAUUCCCGUGACCAUCACAUUCGAGCAGGCCACGGGGAAGAACGUCUUGUUGCUGCCGAUGGGUAGUUCCACGGACGCGGCGCACAGUAUUAAUGAAAAGCUGGAUCGGAGGAAUUACAUCGAGGGAACGAAGCUUCUGGGAGCCUACUUGCACUAUGUGGCCGAGGAGCCAAUGGUAGAGGCAAGGUAA